AUGUACAAUGGAGGCCAAGCCGGGCUAACCUUUUGGAGCCCGAAUGUGAACAUUUUUCGAGAUCCACGAUGGGGCCGAGGCCAAGACACACCUGGUGAGGACCCGUGGAUGACCUCCCGAUACGCUGUUAGCUAUGUGAGGGGUUUGCAGGGCAACGACAACAAAAAUAGACUAAAAGUCGCCGCUUGUUGCAAGCACUUCACUGCCUACGAUCUUGAUUCUUGGCGCCGAGUCAACCGCUACAUUUUCAAUGCCGUGGUUCGUAUGAUAGUAAGAAUAAGAUCUCAGCGGCUGGCUGGACACGACCGUGGAGGGCAACCAGCUCAACCUCGAAUUGUGCUAGUAAUGAGAGAACUUCGACUAAAGAGGCGGCACAGAGGUAAGAUUUUCUGGUCGUUGAGGCUCUCUGCCGUGUGGGGCGAUGGGAGUAGUGUGAGGGGUUAUCCGAGGCAGGGGAAGAGUAGUGUUGAAGCAGGGUCGAAUGCUGCAAGCACUUGGGAAAAAACCGGUCAUUGUCCACAUUCUCGUGACUUGACUUCUUUUUUUAUUCUUUAUUUUUCUACUGUUUUAAUCCACAUAUACAACCUGAGCUACCAGAAGGUAGAAAAAGAGGAACGCUAA